UAGCUUGAUGCUAAGCUGAUAUACGCUGCAGCACUGACAGGUUAGGACUUUACUUCAACGCUUCAUCUGCUAUAAGACCUAACGCCAGCCGUUACUCUCUGACAACAGCCGCAGAAGUAUCGCCUGGAUGUUAACAGUAAAGCAUGGCUGUGUUUGAGAACUGCUCCAUCCUGUUGGAGCUGAAAACUUUGCCCUACAAGGAGAAGAAGAAGCUGAAAUCAGCAAUAACAGAGAAUGGAGGCCACAUUUCCUUUGUGGUCAAUAAACAGUGCUCUCUGAUAGUGACCAGUGAUGUAUCCAACCUGAGCUCCAACAGGCUGCGCAGCAUCCAGAAAUACCAAACGCCCGUGGUCGGGGUGGAUUACGUGCACAGCUGUGUGGAGAGGGGAUAUCUUCUGCCUGUGGAUCAAUACAAGUUGGAUACUUCCUCUUCAUCUCCUUCUUUUUCGCCUCCUCUUCUUCUCUCCUCAUCGAAGCCACUCUCACAGCAAGCUUCUGAAGUGCCAACAAGCAAAGCAGCUGUGAAUAAGCCAUCCAAGGGCCCAGCCAAGCCUGUAAACUCUGUCAGUGUGAUUCAGAAGGCAGAGACUCCGGGGAGAAGUGGAAACAUCCUGGAAAAGUUCAGAAUUUAUACUGAAAAUGAUUCUGAUAUUCCAACGUAUCCAGAUAAUUUCAAAGUGGCCAAGUAUUCCAUCUUUGAAAAGGCAAACAGCAACAUUUGGUGUGUGCUGGAGCUGCAGAGUUGCAAAGGAGAGGAAGGAUGGCAGUACCGUGUGGUCAAGUACUGGAAGGACGAUAUACUGUCCAAGAAGGCGGAGAAAAAGGAUGCGAUGGUGUUCUUGUCCACCUCAGAGGACGCUCUGGAGGUGUACAAGGCCCUGAGAGAGACCCUGCAGGCUGCUGGUCUGCAGCUGAGGAUCAAAAUCCCUCCACAGGCAGUGGACCUGGGCUCCGCCCCCCUCCAGCAGCUGCUGCUGGAGGAGAAGCUGAACACAGGAAGCUUAUCACAAGAGGUGGGCGUAUUUGUGGAGCUGCUGUGGACCGAGGCUCUGGGCUGCCUCAGCAACAUCCUCACAGUUCCGAUCAAUAAGCUCAGCCUCAAUGAUGUGAGCAGGGUCGAGGGCUUGUUGCUUCAGGCUCAAAGGAAGCUGAAGGAGGCAGAUCAGACUGACGUGGCGUCUCUUUUUGACGAGAUUUACACCCUGCUGCCGCAUGUAACGCCCCACCACUCCCCUCCCUCUGCCAAGCUCAUCUCUCAGAAACUGGACCUCUGUCAGUUAAUCCGAGAUGUUCUGAACGUGACUGAGAUGACACUGAGAACCCCGGUGCUUUCCUCUCUGGGGAAGUACCGCGCUCUGAGGUGCAGCAUCGAGAGCGUUCCCCAAGGCACCUCCGAGUUUCAGGCUUUGACCUCUCUGCUGCAGAGCAGUUUCUACGAGGUGCAGGUCCGACAGGUUCUGCGUGUCACCAGAGGGGUGGAGCUUCAGACGUUUAAGAGUGAGGUGGGAAACGUUAAGUCCCUCUUCCAUUGCUCCAGCCCCAGCAACUUUGUGGGACUCUUGUCGCGUGGCCUGCUGCUGCCCCGUGUCGGAGUGGAGUAUCAUGGGAUUGAGAGAACAGACAUGGGUAAUCUGGGGAGUGGAAUCUACUUCAGUGAUGCUAUGAGCACCAGUUUGCAAUACUCCAAGCCCAGUGAGACCGAUGGCUCCCGGCUGAUGUUGGUGUGUGAUGUGGCACUGGGACGGUGCAAGGACGUCUACAAGAGAGACCUCACAUUGACACAGGCUCCUGAGGGACACAACAGCGUGCACGGGGUGCGCCGCACCCGUCACAUUAAGUCUGACUUUCAGGAUGACGAGUAUGUGGUGUACAGUCCUGAUCAGGUCCAACUGAAGUAUGUGGUUCAGUUCACCAUGAAGAACGACCAACUGAAGGAGUUCAGCCCUGCCAUCGACACCUCAGCUGAGCUGUUGCGGCCCCUAAAGACAAAUGCUCAGUUGGAGUCGUCGUUGGAGGAUGAUGGGAUUGAAAACAUUAAAAACCCACUGGAGGAUGUGACGGCUGGACUGUUGGACAGCUCUGGUCAGCAGCUCCCUCUGCAGGGCGUCCACGUGAAGUGCAAACUGAGGGAUCUGCUCUCUCAGGUCGUCAUUUUCCAACAUUACACCAAUCUGAGCUCUGUGCCCAUUGAGGCAAAGUAUGUCUUCCCGUUGGAUGAUUCUGCAGCAGUGUGUGGCUUUGAAGCUUUCAUCAAUGGGAAACAUGUGGUGGGACAGGUAAAGGAGAAAGAGACGGCUCGCAAGGAGUACAAGCAGGCCAUUGCGAAAGGCCAUGGAGCCUACCUCAUGGACCAGGACGCCCCAGACGUGUUCACCAUCAGAGUGGGAAAUCUGCCGCCCGCUGCAACUGUCCUCAUUAAAGUCACCUAUGUGUCCGAGCUGAUCGUCAGGGACGGGAGUAUUCACUUUUCUCUUCCUGGGAGCGUGGCUCCGUGGCAGCAGAGUGCAGCGCUCAACCAGACCACGCAGGUCUCUGUGGAGAAGGUGUGUGUGACUGACGAAGCAAGAGAGUUCACUCUGGACAUGUUUGUUGAGAUGCCCUAUGAGAUCACCAACCUGCAGUGCAUCACACACAAAAUCAAGAUGAAGAGAACAGACUGUAAGGCGGUGGUGAGCGUACUGCCAGGACAGGUCCUGGGUCAAGAAGGUUUCCAGCUGUCAGUCACUAUGUCUGAGGUCCACCUGCCCAGGAUGUGGGUAGAGAAAAGCCAUGAUGAGGACACUCAGGCCUGCAUGUUGGUUUUCUAUCCAGACUUUAAAGUCGACUCCACAUCGGCAUCCGAUGAAGUCGUCCUGUUGCUGGACACGUCUGAGUCCAUGAACGGAGCACCUUUCAGCACGGCCCAGAGAAUCGCGCUGCAGGUUCUCAAAACCCUCAGCGACAACCUCAGAGUCAAUGUCAUUUUCUUUGGCACAGAUCACAGCGACGCUUUCCUGACAGCGCAGCCACUCACUGAAGCUCGUAAGGACGCCAAGAACUUCAUCAAGUCCUCUACUCCGCUAGGGGGCAGCACUGAGCUGUGGCGGCCGCUGCGAGCUCUCAGCCUGCUGCCUCCGUCCCGCGGCACCAGGAACCUGCUGUUGCUGUCGGACGGUCACAUCCAGAACACAGAGCUCACCCUGCAGCUGCUCAGAGACAACGUUCAGCAAAGCCGCCUCUUCACCUGCGGCCUCAGCUCGACAGCCAAUCGGCACAUGCUCAGAAUCCUGGCUCAGGCAGGGGGCGGAGCCUAUGAAUUCUUCGACACUAAAACCAAACACAACUGGACAGAAAAGGUGGUACGGCAGGUGAAGCGUAUGGCGUCUCCUGGCUGCAGUUCAGUGUCAGUGAAGUGGCAGCAGUUCAACCCAACAGCGCCCUCUCCUGUGCAAGCCCCCAAGCAGCUCCAUGCUCUGUUCAAUGACUGUCACACCCUGGUGUAUGGCUUUGUGCCUCACUGCACUCAGGCCACCCUCCAUGGAAACCUCAGUGGUCAGGAGCUCAAAACGAUGGUGUCAACCAGUGAGCUGCAGAAGUCCAGGGGCACACUUCUUCACAAGCUCACAGCAAGGGCCAUCAUCAGGGAUUACGAAGACGGAAGCCUGGAUACCAAUGAAGCCGAACACGAGGGGAAGAAAGCAGAGUUGAAGCGCUUCAUCAUCGAGUUAAGCAAAGAGCACUCUAUCCUGUCUCAGUUCACCAGCUUUGUGGCCAUCGAGGAGAGGGAUGAGGUAUCAACCGAGGAGGGCGUCAUGGACAUCCCCAACUUGAUCUUGGAGGAAGAUGUGGACUUCCUCCCCUACAUCAGCUGGAUUUCUCCUGAGGAUCGCGAAGGGGAAGAACGUGUUCUUACGGAUGUGCGUGAGUCUGAGUCUGAGUAUGAAGAUAUGGAUAUGAGUGUGACUCUUAACCUUAUUUCUUCUGAUGCGUCUGAGUCUGAGUCUGAGUCUAUGGAUGAUAUGGGUUUCGGUCUUUUUUCUUCUGCUAAGGAAGAGUGUGAAGAUGAGGAUCUUGGUCUUGCUUCUCCUACGAGGAAAGAAGGAUUAGAUGAUGAUGAGUCUGCAAGUGAGGAUGAUGAUGAGGAUUGGCCUUCAGACGAAGGAAUGGAUCAAUAUGUUAUGCAAGGACUGGAAGAGAAAUCAGCCUCUCCACAGUAUUCACCCACGAGUCACCAUUCCUCACAUUCAGUAGAGCAUCAUGCAAUGGUCAUUCGAAAAAGAAUGCCUGAAAAAUUGACCAAACUAAUGAGGCUCAAGGAAACAAGUUCCGUGGAAGUGGCAGAGUGUCUUUCUGCACAAGACAGAUUUGAUGAGUCUCCCGUCAAGGAAGUUUCCCAACCCCUACCUCCACCAUUCAGAGCUUCACGUAGGCAAGCCAAGGGCCUCGACUCUCUUUCUAUUGGCUUACCCAUUAAGUUGAAAAGUAAGCUAGCUCGUCUUCCUGCUCCUCCUCCUCCUCCUCCUCACAGUGGUGGUGUUGCUCUACACUCUUCACAGAGGCUACAGCAAUAUAUACCCUCUACAUUACUGCCUCCUCCUCCUCCUCCACAUGCUCCUCUUCUUCCAAGUCCUCAUCCUCCUCCUGGAGCCCUGGGAGCAGACAGAAGUUUAAGGAACCUAGCGAUACCUAGGGCACUUGGCCUCUCCCUUGCAUCUGAUAUCGACUUGCAAAGCACACCUCAGUUGGCUUCUCAGGCUUUAGUGCGUCAGAUGGCCAUUGAGUCUGGUGGCACAGAAAAGAGUUCAUCUGAUCUUCUGGGAAUGUUUGAAGGAUUUGGGGAGAAAAUCCUGACUGAAUCUGCGACAAAAGAAGAACAGCCCAUACUUUUUGGAUUUAGACCCAGAACCACGAGUGGGGUGGGGGAAAUCGGUUUUGGAGCUUCAGUACAGUCAGGUUUCAGUUUUGGGGGCUCUCUGCCUCCAGUCCAGCCCCUUGCUCAGAAUAUUGGUGCAANAGGAGGACCUUAUGAAGUUACUGAAGCACAACAACAGUUAGGUUUCAGUUUUGGGAGCUCUCUGCCUCAAGCCCAAUCCCUUGCUCAGAAUAUUGGCGUAACAGGAGGACCUUUUGGGGGUACUGCAGCUCAACAACAGUCAGAUGUCAGUUCCAGGAGCUCUCUUUCUCAACUUCUCUCCCGUGCUGAGAAAAUUAGCACAACAAGAGGACCUUUUGGAGGUACUGCAGCUCAACAGUCAGAUGCCAGUUUCGGGGGCUCUCUGCCUCAAGCCCAAGUCCGUCAAGAAACUCUUCAAAUCUCAGGUAGUGGUCCAAUUGCAUAUGGAGCAUUUGGUCUAAACUCAUUGCCUGAAGCAGAUGCUCCACCAGCACGUUUUUAUUGUUCCACUGAAGAGGGUCAAGGUGCACCUAUACCUCUUUUGAAGAAGAAGAGAAUUUGCACAGUACAGUCAAUCGAUGAGAAGACUUUAGGCAAGAGACUCCCUCAUGGUCCAUCUCCAGUUCUACAGGGCGCACCAGUGGAGAUCUCAGACAGUGAAACAUCAGCGAGACUGAGAGGAGUGAGAAGACUAAUGCGCAGUUGUUACAGGAAAAUGGCAGAAGUUCCUAAAGAGCAGGAGAUCAAGUGGAAAGAGAUCUUUGAGAUGCAGCAUUCAGAGGGCUACUGGGAGUUAACCCCAGAACUGGGUGAACUCAUGAAUGUCGACGUGGACCUCUUUGCCAACGUGUUCCUGAAAAGCAAGGGCAUCCAGUCUCUAGGUGUGAAGGCCCACGCAGACAUCCUGAGGCUGGUGGCAACUCUUCUGGUUCUGCAGAUGAUGAGGGAGAAGAAGCUGGAGGAGGGCAAACUGCUCCGCACCCUCUUCAGCCUGGACGACUCCACUCAGCCCAUGCCUGAGCGGUGGGAGGCGGUGAAAAGGGCAGUGGACUGGGUUUGCUGGGCUGACCGCCAGUACCCGUGUGUCUACAGCCGGCUGGAGUUUGGUUGGAGCUGGGAAUCCUCCACCCGUCAGCUGCUGGGCUACGAAGUCCUUCCUUCCUACUCACCUCUCUGUGGUCUGAACCUGCAGAGGGCACAUUAAGCGGAAUGGGGAAGACAGAGGGGAUGACAUGCAGCAAAUGGCCACAGGUACGAAUCAAUCCUGGGUCGUUGCGGCAAGGACGCAGCCUUUGUUAAUGGGGCGCCUGCUCUACGAGGUGAGCGCCUGGACGCCCCCUCCGUGGUUAUUUUUAACAAGUGAAAUUGUUCCUUGAGUUUCCUGUAUAUAUAAUGAGAGAGAAGCUAUUGUUACAAAUGUCUGGUCAACUGAUGUCUGGUGGUGAUGUGCCUUAAUGCUGCUUUACUACCAGAAGAUAAACUUCAGCAAGAUUAUGAAUUACUAAAGAACUGUUAGUCCUCGAGCUUCUCUAAAGUUAACAGACAAAGAUAACAUAAAAAAUUUACUUUAAUACCAAAUAAGGUAAAAAUAGAUAUAUGUUCUGGGUUAGUCACACCACAGAACAAUGUGUUAUCAACCUCCCAGACAAAUUUGAAUGACUAGAAUUUCCUGAGUGUAAAAAUUAGGUUUCAAAAUCAUGAAAAAAUUGCAGUAGUCUCUGUACUGAAACACUGGGGGUGUAUCCACUGAAGGCCAGUUUUAUCUGCCCAAUAUGGCAGCAACAUCGGCAGCAAUAAGCCAAAGCAGUACAUGCAGUGUGACAAAAUGACAAAGCAGCGUUCUGAGUAAGUUAUUAAAAGGAAACUGUGGGGAUUUUCAACCAACUCUGUGUCACUGCAGCAAAUGAACAGUGUUUGGUUCAACCUACCUCCGUGCUACAGCAUCUGAAGCUCCCCAGUCUCUUGGCAGGGGUCUGCCAAAUGAUGUAAAACCUCUGCUGGUUGGUAGGUGAGCCAGGGGAGCUCUGUGUGCUGUAGCACAGAGGGAGGGUUGACAUACGACUGGUUAGAAAUUGGGAACGUUUUCCUUUCCCCUCCAAGUUUUCUUACUAUUAAACAGUCUAACCCCAAAAUGCAGCGCUAUACAAUUCAGUCUUUUCACGUUUUCCAACAUGUAAAAAUGUUUUUAGAAACAAAUCUUUAAUUUUACUUUACCCAGACUUUAGAUACAGUGUUCAUAAAUAGAGCCCACACUUUUGACUGGCAGCUUCGUCGUCAUUAGGGGACAGUUAGGAAAAUGCCGACUAUGUCAGAAUGAACUGUUCAUUCAUUCAUGCAUUAUCCAUGACCACUAAUGCUGUUCAGGGUUGCGGUGAGGCUGGAGCCUAUUACAGCUGACACUGGGUGAGAGGCGGGGAAUCACAGAGCUGUAAAUGAAUACCUAUAGAAGCACUGUUUAUCCAGGAGCUUAUUGUUAUUUCAGCAACUGUACCAAUUUCGUCCCAGUUCUUGAUACCCAUCCCUAGCUGAUGAGUUAAAAUGCCCUUAAAUGUCCAUAUACAGCUGGCACUCUGUGGUAACCUAACUUUUUAAACUAUAUAGAAAUAAAGUAAUGCAGUUUCCUUAAUUAGGGUAGGGGAUCUGAUAGUUUUCUCCUCGGGGAAAACCAAUUUCCUGGCUAUAUAUACUGAUAAUCGUGUUUCUAAUUAUCUUUUUACAUGUGCGCAUGUCUAUGACAAAGCCUUCAGACAGAGAAAGUAUCACUGUGAGAGCAGAGCAACAGGAACAAAAGGAAAGGUCGCGGUGAGAAGCAGUGCGUCAGAGAGCUCAGAAUAAUCCGGUCCAAAAUUAGAUUAAAACUGAGGCUCACACAGCAGAAGUCUGCUUCCUCUGAACUUCUGACCCUUUGAAUUUAAACACAAUUUUCCUCCCAGUGUCUCACACACGGACAUACAGGCAAAAAUAGAUAAAAUUCCUUGUUGAGUGCAUGUGUUGUUUGCUUUAAAGGUGCAAUGAACGUACCUUGCCUUAUCUAUAUGUCACUGCCUUCCAGCACCUUUGAUUACUUUAUUGUAGCUAUAAGUUCAAAAUGAAGAAAGUAUGACCAGACUUGUAAUGAGUAAAUAUGGAAGGAAACAGUUUAUAGGUGGUGAUUUCAAAUCAUGUGAAAUCCACAGUUGCUGUGUGUCAGUUGUGUGAACCUGAAGUGUCAGUGAGAACAAUGAUAAGUAUCUGCAUACUAUCACGUAAGAUAUAACUAGCUCAUGCAAUGGCAGGUCUUUUAUCAAAUUAUUUUAUAUCUUUCUGAUGUUGGCUGGUCACAAUUUGUUUAAAUCUUUUCUCAACAUAAUCACCUGGAACAUACUGCAUGUGCAUGAGAUGUGCUUUUAGAAAAUACAGCUGUUGAACCUGAACAUAUUGCUGUUUCAAGAACUGGUUCACCACUUCUCUAUUUUUUCUAUUUUUUUCUCACGCUGCUUCAGUUGUUUUUCCUGUGAAAACCACUAUAAUGUGUAAAAACCAACAGCAGACAGAGCCUGUCUGAGAAAAAAAAAUACAGAAGCUAAUUACACACAAGAGAUUUGAACUAUCAGGGCCUGUGUCCACAUAGCGUUUAUUUCUUGACACUGGUGUCUUUUUCACUCGUUACUAAUGAGGAGAGAGCAUAUGCAGCGGCCUAGCGCCUGUCCGUUCUUUGUUUUGUUUUGUUUUGUUUUGUUUUGUUUUGUUUUGUUUUGGGGAUUUUUUGUGCGUCCACUCUAAAUGCUUCUAUUUGAAAAUCUGUGAACUUUUCAGAGAGGCACUGGCGAUGUCACUGAUGUUUCUUUAGCCAGGCUACUGUCACUACAAAGACAGAAAAGCCCAUUUGUGGGAGCAGAUCAGCUGGUGAACACUGAAUGUUUCUGAUGGUUAAUGUUCUUUUAUCACCGUAUGUUUGUACCUGUGUAUGUAACUGUGUAGUCAACCAUCAGUUAAGGUAGCGUUAUUUAAGCUGCCUAGCUAACGAUUAUACAAUAAUAUUUGACCUUAUACUUAAUUAUGUUUAACUUGGACCUGUUGUCCUCGUCCGUGGACACUUUUUUGUGCCAUCUCGUGUAGUAAGAGCACAAUUCACUAAUCCGUGUAAAAACAAGAUGGAAGCCAUCUCUGCCAAGUCAGGCUGCAGCUCAUCCCAACACAAAAGUGAACAAGGUCCAAAUCAUGAUCAGAUUUUGAGAUUGAAAUUUGUUUAUUUAAUAGUAGUAGUAGUAGUAUAGUUUGAUAUGGCAACAAAUUUGACCAAUUUUAGCAACAGUAACAAGAUAAGACACUGAUAAUUAGGAAGUACUCAUUUGAAGACACUGGGACUUUAUUAUCGUUUAUACUUAUCAGGUCCUACUGAUCCCAAAGAGCUAGGAGAAAUCAAAAAUGCAUAACAAACAAGAGUUUGGGUCUCAGGAGGAUAUAAACAAAACCCACGUGCAGGGCUUCAUUAAAAAAAAAGUCCUGUGACCACUUUUGUGCCAAAGAAAAACACUAUGUGGACACACGGCCUUAGGUUGCUUUCUAUAUCAGGUGUCACAUGUUUGUGUUAUGGUGGAAGGUAUAUUGUUUUUGCGUGUGUGUGUGUGUGUAUAAUCAUGAACAGAAUUAAAAUCUUUAAAAAUGUUAAUUGGAGUGCCUUCACUUCUCUUUUUGUGUCACUUUCUCUUUUUGUCAACACCAUAAUAAAUUCAUUCUGCAUGAAA